AAAAUUUUCCCACGUUAGUCCUUCGUGAGCAUCCACCGUGAGUAAAAGGUGAAGAAAAGUCGACCCCCGGAAGGUACGAAUUCGCGUUUAUCUGAUCAAUUGUGUAAAGGAGGUCCCUUUUCAAUUUCUGCUGGCAACUUUUAAAGCAAGGAAAAUAAAUCUAACAUCGUUGUUUAGUGGCGCUUAUUGUCGUUACCUCUGUUCAUGCGAGUUUAUGUGUGAAUGUGCUAAAGACAAAAAGUGAGAAUUUUCCCCAAAAAAGACAAUGAGGAAUGCACGUAAGAAUGAGACACAAAAGGGCGGAUAGAUUUUUUUGCUUCCUCAGCACGACAGUAAAUAACAUGGUGGCUGAACAGUAGCUGUGGCAGUAAAAAGUUACAUUGGCGGCAGGGAAACAGCGGUCUGAUACCGAAGGGAAAGGAACAUUUUGGUCGAUUUUGAAGCCACCCAGGCAAUCAGACAGUGGACGUACAGUGGUGGUAAACGCAAGUAACUGCGGUGACCAACAGGAAAGGAUAUCAGUGAGAGAGUUUUUCCACCGAUUGGUAGGAAAUUAGCGAAAUUGAGGUGGAAAAAUCGACUUACAGCAAGUGAAAAUGAUGUAAAAUUUCGGAAAACAGUCACGCCAAAGUUAGGUUGUUUAAGUGUUGGUGAAAAGCAGAAAGGGCCCAAGGAUACAGCUCACGCGAGUGUGGAAGGAUUUGCACAGCCAGUUAGUUUUCGCACGAAUUAACGAUCCUGCGUCAAAUGUUCGGUCGCCACUAGAUGUGUAGAACUACCAGUUGCGUGAAGCUUCCGCAAACAGAUUCUAUCAACGCACACACUAGAAACUGUACACCGUCGCCGGUCAAUAUUCGCUGCUCCGGUGCCAAAACGUCAUGACCGGAUGCGAGGUAAACUGUAAGGUGGACCCCGGCCAGCCCCAGUAGUUAGUGAUGCCCCCGGCCGUCUACGAUGCUUAUCUCGCCCGUCUCUGUUUCAGGAGUUACGAUGCACGGGCUGAGUCACCUGCAUUCCGGCUCAACCCUGGAGGCGCUCACGCAGGCAACUAUCAUACUCAUCUUAGCGGUCGCCAUCAUCGUAGCGAACCUCAUCGUAGUUGCCACAUACCUUAAUUUUAAGGGUCCGCAUGAGGUCAUAAACUACUACCUGCUAUCACUGGCCGUUGCCGAUUUGCUAUGUGGUCUGCUGAUAGUGCCUCUGUACGUGUAUCCGACCUACUAUGGCGACUGGGUGUACGGGAAUGUGGUGUGUAUGAUGCUUGGGUACCUGGAGGUCACCCUCUGGUCCAUCUCGGUAUACACCUUCAUGUGGAUAUCAGUCGAUCGGUAUUUAGCAGUCAGGAAACCGUUGCGCUAUGAAACGAUACAGACCAAAACCAGAUGCCAAUGCUGGAUGGCCUUCACGUGGAUCUCGGCAGCGAUGCUGUGCUGUCCACCAUUGCUCGGCUUCAACAAAGCCUUCUACAAUCCAGAGACCCACAUCUGCAUGCUCGAGUGGGGCAACAUGGCUGCCUAUAGUGCAACGCUGGCAAUCCUGGUCCUGGGGCCGAGUGUAAUCUCGAUCGUCUACAACUAUGGCUAUAUCUUCACGAUGAUGCGUAAAGUGCGAUCGGGAGCACCGAUCCAUGAUAAGGAGUACGCCACGGCACUGGCCGAGAAUCUGGCCAACCCGAGCCACUGUAUGUCAUUCGCAUUGGUGUUCUCCUUCUGGGUCUCGUGGGGACCGUACAUCGGGCUGCGGAUCUAUGAGCUGGUGAUGGAGGAACGGUACGACAACUCGCUGAUCCAGUUCGGUGCCGUCUGGCUGGGGAUUCUCAACUCGUUCUGGAAAAUCAUCAUCAUGACCAGCAUGUCGCAGCAGUUCCGCUUGCUGGUGCGGUUACUCUUCCUCACCAUCUGCUGCAAAACCAAAGGCCGGCUGCAAGCCGAACUGAUCGGGCUUGACCCGGACGAUUAAGCAAACCACGACGACAUGCAAACCAAAACUCCACCGCCGCCGCUCAGACAGUGUUUAGUACUUCAUCUUCCGAGAAGAGAAACGGUUUUAGCUGAACAUGGUAUCAAACGAUUCAAUUUCACUAUAUCCUACAGUAACUGUAAUAGAAACUAGGUACGUUUGGAAGUAAUAUAGUAAUGCAGAAGAGAAACUCAAUUAACGUGUUGUAAUUUUUAAACAUAUACUCAACUUACUGUUAGGAAGCAGUAACUUACUAAGCUACAAGCUACAGACAUGUAAAGUCUAAUAGGGCGGAUUUUGAACGCCAACAGCAAAUCUCAGAACAAUCAAUCUCUUGGAACAUCAAGAAACGUUAUUUCUCGAUAAAUCUAUCUCUAAGCCACGCAUUUCGACAGGGGAUAGGAUGGACGAGCUUAAAGCGGUAAGAGAAAAUAGUACAGAUAUUACUCAUUGGGAAAGGAAACUGCAUGAAAAAGCAUCUUUUAUCCAUAUACAUGUCAAAGUAUAAAUUGUAGACACAAAAACUGAUGUACUCACUCAUGUAAGUAAAACUUUCCUUGCUGAAUUUCAAGCAGUUUUCCGAUCCGCUUGGCAACACUGUAGAUUAUAAUUUACAAUGCGUGAUCAAGCAUUCAAAUCAGUUUUCAUUAGGAAGCUACAAAUAAAAUACUGUAAAGUAAAAACGAAAAAUCCAAUAACAUCAAAAACAAACUUCAGGGCUUUGAUUAAAGAUGAUUGCACAUGCAUGCACAUAACAACGGAGAAAAUAAGCUGAAAGCAUUAAAAAACACUAGUGAGCAACCACGAAAAUGACUUUUCUAUGCAAUUCUAAAGAGUGAGAUCAAAUCGAAACAAAUAAGAUAAAACUGAACAAACCGAUUAAUCUUUCCGCAAGCUGCAAUAAAAGGUAAUAAGAGAAAAGCUAUUGAUACAAUAACAAUACGAUCAGAAGCUCGCUUCUCUUGAACCGGAAAGGCAACGCGAAAUUAGAGCAAGGUAAAAUUCCUGCAAACGAAACAUUGACAGGCGAUUCUGAACUGUCGAUCACAGUAUGACAUAUUGAUUCGGUUUGCUUCAGAAGCAUAUCGGAGAGGUAACCUUCUCAAAGUCAUGUAAAUAUUUCACUGAAACAGUUAAGUGUGUGAAAUCCUUAACCGAGAUUUGUUCAGCAGCAGUAGCAAACAUUUCGUUCGCAGCGAAUAAAAAUGACAAAACAAUACAACAAUUUUCUUAGUACUGUAAAAAUGAAUUGAGUAAAAAACGUUGAUUUGAACUUAUUAAAUAAUGCACAAGGUUAAGACGGACAUUCACAGUAGCAAAACGAUACCACUAAUCUUAGCACAAUCAAGACUAUUUUUGUAAUGAUAAAGAUAAGUGAGCAGAGUAAAUAUGACCGCUAAUUUUCGAAGUUAGGAAAGUAAUACGUUGAUUUAAUCACCUUACAAAGAUUGUUUGAAAUAUGUUUAACCUAAACUAUCAAAUGGGUCAGAAUUCGUGAAACGGAUCACUAAAAAUCGCGAUGUUUAAUUUUUUCAAAUAAAUAUUAAAAACUUCAAGAGUUUCACUCGGGAAGUUGAUUUUCCAAUUUUUACUGAAUUUGAGUAAGUUUUCAAGUUGUUAUUGUCAUUUGAAAUUUAGAUAAUUUUUUUUUUAAGUAAACAUAUCUUUAAGAAUAUUGCAUCGAUUUUAAUGAAAUUUUCACAGCAGAUGUACCCUUAGUUGUAGUUUCUGAAAAUAUUUUUUCUGAACGAAAAAAUAUUUUUUCAAUAGUAACUAUUUAAAACAAUAUGUAGAAAAACUAUGUUCUGGGGCACUGAAAAAUCUGAAAAAAAUCACAAGUAUUUUUGACGAUAUUUCGAAAUUGUCCUAAAAAUUUCGAGUUGGUGAUAUUUUUUGUUCAAAAGAUAUGGGGUUUCAAAGUUGGUGGCGCAACCCAUUUUCAAACGAGAAGCUAGCAAGCGGUAUUACUAUUGACAAUCCCAGUCCAGUUAUGUGUAAAAACUCUGUAAGGCUUGCAAACUAAGUUUGAUAGAAAUGAUUUUUAGCCGCAGAACGAUCAGAAUAUGCUUAGUCUGUUACCCGAUUUAAUGACGAAGACAUUAAACUUUAUGCCCCAAACAACUCACAAGUCUACCUACACACUUUACUAACAAACAAUAUAAAAUUUAGUUAGGGGACAACCGUACAGAACGCACCAGUGGGUUAAGAUUGCUCACGCUUUUACUUUUAGUCAUUAUGAAGCGCUUUUUGAUAUGAGAACUGAAGAAAGCUGGGUUUAUGGGCGUUUCUCGCUUGAAAAUGCGUUGCGGCACCAACUUUGAAACCCCAUAUCUUUUGAACAAAAAAUAUCACCAACUCGAAAUUUUCAGGACAGUUUCGGAAUUUCGUCAAAAAUACUUGUGAUUUUUUUCAGAUUUUUCAAUGCCCCAGAACAUAGUUUUUCAACAUAUUGUUUUAAAUAGUUACUAUUGAAAAAAUAUUUUUUUGUCCAAAAAAAAUAUUUUCAGAAACUACAACUUAGGAUGCAUCUGCUGUGAAAAUUUCAUUAAAAUCGAUGCAAUAUUCUUAAAGAUAUGUUUAUUUAAAACAAAUAUUGACCCAAAUUUCAAAUGACAAUAACAACUUGCAAACUUACUGAAAUUCAGUAAAAAUUGGAAAAUGAAUUUCCCGAGCGAAACUCUUGAAGUUUUUAAUAUUUAUUUGAAAAAAUUAGACAUCGCGAUUUUUAGUGAUCCGUUUCAUGAAUUCUGACCCAAAUAGUAUAAUUUUCUCAAAAACCUAAAACAUUAGCAUUAAAUUGCAGGGUGAUCAGUCUUAAACUCCCAUCUUUUAAUACUUUUUUUCUAUUGGAUUUUAAUUUAUUAUCACCUAAAUUUUCGAAAUGGUGAAAAGUAACGCAUCAUUGAACAAAUCUGACAUUUUGGAUUGGUCAAAAUUCCACUGUUAUAAAUUCAAAACAAGUAAAACGAUAAAAUUUAUUGAUGUCAUCAUUGCCGAAUAAUUUGUCUAACUUUCUUCGAAAUCUGCACUGCUUUGUAAGAAAUAUCAAAUCAAUACACGAAAUGAAACAAAAAAAAGAAUAUCAACAGUUGGUGUCACUCGACAAUCUUCUUACUUGUUUAUUAUAUCAAUAAUCUUUUGAUUCAUAUGAUAAUGUAAACAACGAAUUCGAAGGGUUCAUUUAAUAAUGAUUCAAUGCCAUAAUAAUAAUCGAGUUAAAACGCCAAAAUUACAACCAUUCCGUUACAAUGUUUUUAGUUUAAUCUUAAAGAACGUAACCGAGAACCGUGAUAUUCCACCUUCAUCCACUCCAGUUAUCAAACCCUUAUCUAAUGAUACUAAUGUUUACUGUCAUAUUUUGGCACAUACGUUUCCACAUGGCCUACAUAGAAAAUCAUGCUAAAACACAUAAUUUACCGCUAAAACGAACUUCUUACCCACAAGAAAUGGCUCUUUAUUGUCACACAUGUUACAGCAUACACAAAAAUACAGCAACAACACCCCCCGGGAGUGCUUCUUCAGUUAGGACCCAUAUUCAGCUGAACGCUAAUGUGGGCAAUCAAUUUCUUGCGCCAGUGAAUAUGGGCCCUACUCUGAAAGAAACCUUCCGUCACCCACUCCGAAACUCCAGUUUAGACAUUGAGGCAUUGUAGUCUCGUUCCGAUUCAAAACUAUGAUAGUAAAUUGUAAUGUGUACUCCGAACCCCAAGCGUAAUAAUAUGAGGAAAGUUUAAAAAAAAAACAAUGUGUAUGUAAAAAAAAACUCGUUCUCAGAGAAAAUGUCACUUAAACAAAGUAAACAACUCAAAAGUAAAUUUUUAUUGAGAAAGUAAGCAUCUAUUUAGCAAACAAAAUAUUGUAGAUACAGAUCUAAAGGUGAAUUCUUCGAUGUAUUCAGAUAAUAACUUAAAAAUUAAUCAGAAAGAAAUUGAAAAAUAUUUAAACUUUUAUUCAGGUCAAAUUUGAACCACAAUACACUGAACAAUACUAUGCUUGUAGUGGACGCCAAAGAACCGCAGCCAACCUAAUUGGAGUAAUAUAGAAAGAAGCAUUUGGCUUAUCGUAAAUUUGGUACAUUUUACCACCAUAUUAAAAUCAUUGAUCACUCUAUUCAAAAACCAGUUGUUUGCACUUGAUGACAAAACAGAGCUUUUAAGUAGCAUAAUCAACGAGUGAAUGAUUGAAACUAAACCAAAUGACUCACCAAGCAGAAGAACAUUUAACGAUAAUACCAAAGCAGAGCAAGUUGUGACUAAUUCAAUCACUGUUCUAAGGUUUUGAGCCAUGAAACCAUGUAUUUUUGAGCGAGUAAAUAGAUGACAUACUUUUCAGUUCCAACAACAGCGUAGAAUAUUCAGAGUAAACAAAGAAACCUUUUGUAUUCGUAGUAGGCUGUGCAGACUAGGUUGUGUGGCUGUUUAAAAAUAAUAAAUAAUAAUUGAUAAAUCAGCAGAUCCAUUAUAAUUAUUACUAGUAGUCAAUGCGAACGCAAUGAUCUCUGACAGAGAGUCGAAUCGUAUAAGAGGAAAGCUAAAUGGAUAAACAAACACAUGUCAUCGCGUACCGCGAUUGACAGUUGUUUUAGUUAAUUUGUUGAAUAAUACAUGUUAAAACUUAAGUUUCACCCCACGUAAAUAGCAAACACACUGAUUAUAUUGCGCAAAUCAGGUUAGCGUUAUGGUCAUUACGAAUUAUUUAGAAAACAGAUUGAUAAUGUAACAACAACAUAAGCAAACACAAAUAGAGUAAAAGCAAAGCAGGUAUGGUAUGUUAUGUUUAUUAUAGAAAAAUAAAAAGGUAAGGGCGAGCAGAAAACAAAGCAACAAACUUAGGCAAAUUAGGAGUUGGUAGAGUGCUAACAUAAAAAAGACAAAAACAAGCAAGUCGUUCGCAAUUUGUAGAAGCUUCCGAAUUUUCAAUUAAAGCAAAUAUUUGCAGGAUAGGAGCAGCGUGACACUGAAUGUAAUCGCACGGAGUGUGGGGUCUGAACACCACACAAUGGCAGACAAAGGAAAACAAAUGUAAACAAAGAUACUUUACGGACCGAUAAGCAAGUAAAAUGUAACAAAAAAAAACACUGAAGCCCAGUUUUAUUUAUGAUAUAAUAAAUUGAAAAUACAUUAUUA